GUCUAGUCUUGUAAAAUUUCCUGAAAUCAUGCAAAAACAAAAUGAAUGAAAUGCAAAAAUUGGAACGCUCUGGUCUAGUCUUUCCUCCUCUACAACUAACAUAAUUGGACCGUUUGUCCCCUUUGCAUAAAAUUAUUGUUAUUUGAUAUGGAUGAUUCCAAAAUACCUACUAUGUAGACUUUCUUACCUUAAGAGGGACCCAAAUCCCCUGCGUGGCUCCCAAGUUUCACUUUAUAAGCCAAGAAAACUGUAAACAAACAGCAGCCGACUGCAGAGCAUCCAUGGUGGAAUUUGCUUCUCCACUCUGCUCUUCCCAUACUACAUAAACACCUUCCAUUUCAACUAACCAGAGCUCCAUAACAACAACCCACUUCCCCAGAAAUGGCCACCGGAGGAGGCGAUCAGACAUGGUGGGCCAGCUUAGGUUCAGCGCUCGCCGGCCUGAUGUUCAUCUACGCAAUGUUCCAGCAGUACUUCCCAUACGAACUCCGCGGCCACGCCCACAAGUACACCCAGAAGCUCGUCACCUACUUCUACCCUUACAUCCAGAUCACCUUCCACGAGCUCACAGGCGAGAAGCUGAAGCGCAGCGACGCCUACUUCGCCAUCCAGAACUACCUCGCCGACCACACCACCGCCACGGCCAAGCGCCUGAAGGCCGACGUCGUGAAGGGCAGCAAGUCCCUCGUCCUCACCAUGGACGACCACGAGCAGGUGAUGGAGGAGUUCCAAGGGAUCAAAAUCUGGUGGAGUUCCAACAAGAACACCCCCAAAAGGCCCUCCUUCUCGUUCUACCCGAAGACAGAGGAGAGGAGGUACUAUACUCUGACUUUCCACAAGAGGUAUAGAGACGUCAUUACCAAAUCGUACAUCGACAAGGUUUUGAAGGAAGGGAAGGCGAUCGCCGUGAGGAACAGGGAGAGGAAGCUUUAUACUAACAAUCCUAGCGAUAGUUGGUACGAAUACCAGUCGACGAAGUGGAGCCAUGUCCAGUUCGAGCACCCUGCAAAUUUCGAGACUCUGGCUAUGGCGGAGAACGAGAAGGAAGCGAUCAAGAAUGAUCUGAUCAAGUUCAGUAAGGGAAAGGAGUAUUAUACUAAGAUCGGGAAGCCAUGGAAGAGGGGUUACCUUCUGUAUGGCCCGCCUGGAACUGGGAAAUCGACGAUGAUUGCAGCAAUGGCGAACCUGUUGGACUAUGACAUCUAUGAUCUUGAGUUAACCACAGUGAAGGACAACUCCGAGCUCAGGAAGUUGCUGAUUGAGACUACCAGCAAGUCGAUCAUCAUAAUCGAGGAUAUCGAUUGCUCAAUUGAUCUCACAGGGCAGAGAAGGAAGGAGAAGAAGAAGUAUGAAAGCAGUAGUAGCAGUAGUGACGAAGAGAGCAGUAGUAGCGAGGAAGAUGAUAAGAAGAAGGAUCCAGUGGAGAAGAAGAAGGAUGAGGAAGAGAAGAAGAGCAAGAAGGGGAGUAAGGUGACGCUCUCGGGGCUGCUGAACUUCAUCGACGGGAUAUGGUCUGCGUGUGGAGGGGAGAGGAUCAUCGUCUUCACCACGAAUUUCGUCGAUAAGCUUGAUCCAGCAUUGAUAAGGAGAGGGAGGAUGGAUCGGCAUAUCGAGAUGUCGUAUUGCUGCUUCGAGGCGUUUAAGCUGCUGGCGAGGAAUUAUCUGGAUUUGGAAGGCCAUGAAUUGUUUGACAGGAUCGAGGUGUUAUUGGGAGAGAAGGAGAUCACGCCGGCGGAUGUUGCAGAGUGUUUGAUGCCUAAGUCGGAGAGGGAAGGUGUUGAGAGUUGUUUGAGGGAGUUGGUGAAGGUUCUGGAGAAGUUGAAGAAGAAGAAGCAAGGAAAGAAGAAAGCGGAAGAAGAAGAUGAAGUGAAUGGAGAGGAAAAUGGUGACGGUGCAAGUGGCGAAUCGUCGUCGGAGAGUGGUGAGUCAUCGUCGGAAGACGAUGAGGUAGCAGGGAAAGGAAGGAAGAGGAAUGGUAAACGAUGAAGUGUGGUAACUCUGAUUGUUCAGGUGAGACUCUGAAAAUUAUGGGUCGUUUUGGUUAGAAUUUAUUAAAGUUUGGAUGUGUAUCUUUGAUCAUGGAGGCUAGAUUCAUUUCAUGAACCAAGUCACUGAUCUCUGUUUAGAUGAAAGACAUAAAACAGGACUGUUGUUGCUCUAUCUAGUAACUCUAAUUUCUCUGUUGAUCAUUCUACAAUCGAGUUUUGUUGAGACUGGCGAUUCAGAGAAUAAUAACAAGACUACAGAAGAGAGCGAUAACUAAAUCGUAACAAGGUAA